AUGUAUUUUUCGCUGUCGAGGAACCGCGACGCCACGAAACGGUUUCUAGACUGCCUGUCCAGAGCCUCGGUAGAAUCCCUGUCCAGUGUUGACAUUCUCAUCACCCCGGACUUUGUGGCCCUGACUGGAACGAUUGAACAACUCAAGUCUUCCAACGUGCCCGUCUGGCCCGGAGCCCAAGACUGCCAUUGGGAAGAUGAUGGUGCAUUCACGGGCGAGGUGAGCCCUGCGGUUCUGAGCGAGACUGGAGUCAAGAUUGUAGGAGUCGGGCAUGCGGAGCGGAGGAGGCCCUCGGCCACGAUGACGCGAAGGUUGCCAAGAAGGCGGCCGCUGUGA